AUGAUAAGUCCAAAUUUCAGAGUCUUAAGAUUUCAUAGCCCUUGGAGUCAAUUGGUUGAAAGUACGUCAGCAUCACAAAUAGCUACAUGUCUAGUGACUUUUGUUCACAGACAAGAAUUGCUGCAGGGCGCCUAUCAGAAAACCGCCUUGGCUUCCCUUCUUGUCCUUGCCAUCAGCGUGCCACUGUCUAAUGCUGGUUGCUCCUUUGAGCCAUUGAAGCCAGUGAAAUCUAAUGGGGAGAUCAUAGGCUGCCGUGACUCGAAAGGAAAGACACAUUUAAUGGGUUCCAGAUGGAUGAUGGGUAGCUGCUUGCGUUGCUACUGUUUUGAGGAUGGAAUUGAAUGCUGCAACAACCAUCCACGUCCUGCUAACUACGAUACAGAGAAGUGCAUAAGCAUUUUCAACAAGGUGACCUGCACUUUUAAAGUGGUGGAGAAAGAUGAUCACUCAAAAGUAUGCCCAGUCCAUGGAUGGGUAAUUUAA